CCCACGUGGCCCAAGACGGCCCAAGACGCUUCAGAGUCGGCUCCGAGACGGCCCAAGAAGGCACCAAGACGGCCCAUCACAGCUAUCCGUAGCCAUUUUGGCUCAAGCCUCGGCUCGAGCGCCCCCGGCCGCCCCCAUGGUCGCGGGGCGGCCCAGCCCCUGGCCCUGACGUCGAAUGGGCUGCGGCGGCCCUUCGAAGGUGUGCCCCGAUGGUUCCCACAAGGCAGUGGUGCCACGUGGCGAGCCCGAGGCGUCGCCGAGCCACUGGUCGAGGUCGGGCAGGCACAGGAAACGGGUGCGCCGGCAGGGCCAGGACAAGGGGAGAUGCGCCAGCAACGAGAAGAGCCGUUGCAAGGUGGACAUAAGUUCGACGAGCCGCAGUUUCUUGAUAAAGAUUCUGCAGAGUCACUUCCUGUUCUCCAGCCUUGAGGAUGCGGAGCGAGACGAGGUAGUCGAGUUCAUGAAGGUCCAUAGGGCCACCGCGGGGGGGAAGAUAUUCUCCCAGGGGGAGACGGGGGACUGCUGUUACUUCAUUCAGAGCGGUUGCUUCGUCGUGUCCAUCAACGGCCGUAAUCUCAAGCAGCUCAGCAAGAAGCACACGUUCGGCGAGUUGGCCAUGCUGUAUAGCGUUCCGCGGACUGCAUCGGUCACCUGCAAGGAGGACGGCGUGCUCUGGAAGAUGGACGAGCACGGCUUCCGCUCCUGCAUGGAGAAGCUGAGCAGCAGGCACCUGCAGAGGGCGCUCGAGUUCCUGAGCUCGGACCCGUCCUUCUGCGGACUGAGCGAGUCGGAGCGCGGGUCUCUCGCGGGCGCCUGUUCGGUACAGAAGUUCGGCCCUGGGGAGACGAUCCUGCGCGAGGGGGAGGUCGGUGAAUGGAUGUUCAUCGUCAUGACGGGGAGCGUCACCACGGUGGAUAGGCACGGGAACUCCGCUGUCAAGAAGGCGGGCACCAUCCUCGGCAGCUCGGGGCUGAUGUACGGGAGGAACCAGGUGUCCGGCGCCAAGGCCUUCGAGGCGGUGGAGUGCCUCGCCCUCGGGAAGAGCGGGAUGGAGAGGCUGAUCGGUCCCGUGGAGGACGUGCUCCGCCGCAGUUGCCUGAAGGCCCUGUUGCUGGAGACCGGCUCGAAGCCGGAGAGAUCUCCCGAGAUGGAUUUCUUCCGGCUCUUGACCGAGUCCCAGCAGAAUACGAUGGUCGACAUGUUCGAGGACGAGUCCUUUGGCCGGGGUGAGGUCCUGAUCUCUUCGAGAUCGAAGCCUCAGAUGAUCGUGGUCGUUGAGGGUGAGCUAGCGGUGCUCCCGGAAGGGGCCGACGCGUCCUGCGGGGCGGAGAGGGCCCGGCACCUCGCCUCCUCCAUCAUCGGCAGCGGCAUGGCCCACGGUUCCGAGGCGCUGCUGACGGGAGCCCUGAUGAGGAAGGCCGUGGUCGCUCUCUCCAACGUGCGGCUGCACCGCGCUGGCUACGAGGCCAUCCGGGCGAUGUUGCACAAUGACCUGGGCGAGGUCAUCCGCCUCAACGAGGUAAGAAAGGUCCUGGGCGGCAUCUGGCUCUUCAAAAACUUGAGCGACGAGCAGGUCGAGCAAGUGAUGAGGAAGCUUGAACGGCGGACCUUUGGGCCCGAGCACGUCAUCGUCCGGCAGGGGGAGGAGGCCAACCACUUCUACCUCAUCCACAGUGGGACCAUACAGGUGUCGAAAGACAGGAGGAAGAUCCGCACCAUCGGGCAGUGGGACUACUUCGGUGAGCGCGGCCUGCUCUUGGAGGAGAGGCGCUCCGCCACGUGCCAGGCGCUGGAGCCCUGCACGGUGAUGCGCCUGGACAAGGCGGCAUUCCUCGAGAUCGUCGGCACCUUCCGUGGGGAGCUGGAGCACCGGAUGAGGCUCCAGGACCUCAACAUCACGAUGAAGGAUUUGCGACUCAGGGCCAUCGUCGGCCGCGGGUCGUUCGGUGUCGUGAAGUUGGUGUAUCACAAGAGCGACAGGGAACGUAUGUAUGCUUUGAAGUGCGUGAACAAGAAGCUAGUCGUUCGACAGGGCCAGCAGAAGUCGAUCCGCAUGGAGCGAGACAUCAACAUCCAGUGCUAUCAUCCUUGUAUUAUGCAAUUUAUCAAAACUUUUCAGGACGCCACAAAUGUAUAUUUUCUCACAGAAUUCCUUGGAGGCGGUGAUCUAUUCUGGGCCAUUCGUGAGAUUGGCCAGCUCACUAAAUGCCAGUCGCAGUUUUACAGCGCUUCCGUAACUUUGGCGCUUGAGUAUCUGCACGCACGAGGGAUAAUCUAUAGAGACCUGAAGCCGGAAAACGUGCUGCUGGAUUUCAAGGGCAACGCCAAGCUCGUUGACUUUGGUUGCUGUAAGAAGGCAGUGAGAACAAACACACUGGUCGGUACGCCGGGGUACUUCGCCCCAGAGACCAUCCUGGGCAGGGGCUACACCUGCGCGAUCGACUGGUGGGCGCUCGGGGUGAUGCUGCACGAGUUCGUCGUGGGCCCGCUGCCAUUCGGGCGCGGCACCGAGGACCCCCUGGAGCUGCACAGGGCCGUCCUGGAGGCGCCCCUGGAAUUCCCAGACUUCGUUCGGGACGAGUCGGCGGUCUCGGUGAUCGCCGGCUUGCUGGAGCGGACCCCGGAGCUCCGCAUCGGCGCUGCUCAGAAGGGCGCCAAGGAAGUGAAGGAGCACCCCUACUUCCAGGGGUUCGACUGGGACGCGCUGGUCGGGAGGCGGCUGAGGGCGCCCUGGGUUCCGAGCCUGAAGAGGCGGAAGCAGCAGUGGGAGAUGCUCGACGGCGAGAAGGUUGCCGACGAGUUUGCCUCCUCCCGGCCGCCCGGCGUCAAGGCGGAGCCCGGCAUGGAGUGGGCCGUGGAUUUCUGACGGCCCAAUGCGGCCUCUUGUGUGCGUAGAACCUGCCGGUGGCCUCCUCUGCCCUAGCGCCCUCCAACGCCCGCUCGAUCUCCUCUCGAUGCAUCCCCUCUACAAGGAAGGUAGAUCAGACUGCGCAGCUAAUGCCUCGAGGUAGACGGCCAACCGAUCUCAGCGGCUCAGCGCAGCAGGCGUUUUUCUUUCAGGAAUGUUCGCCUCAGCAAAGCGCCGAAGCCUCCACAAUGAGGCGGACUGUAUUCGACAGUGUUCUGUGGGCACUGCUCGCUGGGACGGCUCCCGGCGUUUUCGGAAUCACUUUUUCGAGGGGUGUUUGGGCGCCUUGCGGGAGGUCGCCGCUGGCGCCCGGG